UGUGACCAUGUUGGCUUGCACAUUUGGAAAAUAGGAGUGAAUGAAAGGCAAAAAAAAAACAGGCCAUUUUUGAUUUUGUCAUUUAUUUUGGGUGUCAAAUGAUGUCUGUGAAUUACCUCUGAAGGUUUCUUUGUGUGUGGGAGAGAUUGUUUUUAGAUUAGAUUAUUGGAUUGACGGUAGCAGAUUACCAGCGCGCUAUUUCAUUACAAAGGAGGAACUGGAGGCAGCAACCAGCUUUUUCAUGUAUCGGGAACAUUGGUAAUCAGGUGUUCACCAUGCUCACCAGCUUUGUGGACGGAAUAUUCUGCUGCUUUACAGGGAAGUCUACCAACGUGGUUGUCCCUGUCGAGUCCUCUGAGCCCACAGAUGGUUUUGAAUUUGUUGAAGUAAAGCCAGGACGAGUUUUGAGAGUUCGACACAUCAUCCCAGACCGACCUGUGGUUGAGGAGCCAGGGACUGGGGAAGGCGGUACAGUGAGCUGCAAGCGUAAAAUCUCAGUGUACAGAAACGGACAGCUUCUUAUUGAGAAUGUCAACGAAGCCACGCACCCAGAGCUGGUGCGCUAUCAGAAUGGAGACAGCACUGUGGAUAUGGAGGUCUCCAACUGUGAGUCUCCUGUGGUAGGCCAGGCUACUGAGACCCCAGCAGGAGGACAGGCUGCAGAAACCAAACCUGCCCCACAGGAACAGCAGCAGGUGCACCGUAGGCGCCGAAAACCCAAACGCUCAAUCGUGAUCGACUGUGAGCGGAAGAUUACUUGCUGCAAAGGUACUCAUCCCGACGUGGCUUUGUUUUUCAUACACGGCGUUGGGGGAUCACUGGAUAUCUGGAGAAGCCAGCUGGACUUUUUCUCCCAACUUGGAUAUGAAGUCAUCGCCAUGGACCUGGCCGGCCACGGUGCAAGCUCAGCCCCUCGCAUUCCUGCUGCCUAUACCUUUUAUGCUCUGGCUGAGGACGUCAGAAUCAUAUUCAAGCGAUAUGCGAAGCGGAGGAAUAUUUUAGUUGGACACUCAUAUGGAGUCUCAUUUUGCACCUUCCUGGCUCAUGAAUAUCCAGAACAGGUUCAUAAACUUGUGAUGAUAAAUGGCGGCGGGCCCACAGCACUCGAGCCCAGUCUCUGCUCUGUCUUCAACUUGCCCACAUGUGUCCUUAAUUUUCUGUCCCCGUGCCUCACCUGGAGCUUCCUCAUGGCUGGGUUUGCCCAUCAGGGAACAAGGGAAAAGAAAUUACUGAAAGAGAACAAUGCCUUCAACGUGUCUUCCUUCGUUCUGAGGUCCAUGAUGAGUGGACAGUACUGGCCGGAGGGUGACGAGGUUUACCAUGCUGAAAUCACAGUGCCUGUUCUGCUGGUUCACGGCAUGUAUGACAAGUUUGUACCAGUUCAAGAGGACCAGCGCAUGGCAGAGAUCCUCUUGCUGGGUUUCCUGAAGGUUCUGGAUGACGGAAGCCACAUGGUCAUGAUGGAGUGUCCUGAUGUAGUCAACACUCUGUUACACGAGUUCUUCUUGUGGCAGCCAGCAACCGCCUCAAAGCCCAAACAGGAAGCAGCGCCGACAAAGACCAACACCAAAUCUCCAGAAGACACAUCCAGACCUAAAACUGCCCCGAAAUCACCCUCCAAAUCUCAACCUGAUUUGCUAAGACCGACAACUGCACCUAAAACAACCAACAUCGCCACAGAAGCCCCGGCAGUAGCGGACAUCAAAUCUAAGGGCAAGAAAUAACUGCUUUUCCCAAUAUACAUGUGCUGGGGUAAAGCAUUGGGCUCGUGUGAUAGAACAAGUUUAAUGGAGCUUUCUGAACAUUGGAUAUCACUGGAUAUUCACCAGCUGGUUUAAAACAGUUGGUCUAAAAGCACGAGGGUCUACUUUAAUAAUUCCAGUUUUGGAGCAGGAUGAUUCCUAGAGGUUGUCUUCUUUUCUGUGACACAGUCCUUUCCAAGUGAUUUUUAUUUCUACCAUGGGAUAUUAUAUAUACUUGUAUGCCAUAUGAUGUCAAUUUUAAGGCUGAAAAUGUCACAUUACAUAAGGGAUGAAUAUAAGCACUGCUGCCGCUGUUGAAUCUAAUAGACUAAUAUUUUGUAUUUAUUUAUGCCAGUUUUUUUUUUUAUUUGACUACAUCAGCUGAUGUCCAUCAGUUCAUACAUGGGUCUUCCUCUCUGUUAAAGUUUUAUUUGAAACGUUCAUUAGUGAAGUGUUUUUACGUUCAGAUGACUCCAGCACUGUUGCUGAAAUACUGUCAGAUACGGUGACUUUACAAUAAAAGCCAUCAACUUGA